AUGGCGACUUCCGAAUUUAUGGGCUCCGCCCAGUCAUUUUCGCAUCAGCGGAUAAAAGUUCCACAUUUGCGGACUCGCAUUUGCGAGACAAAGAUAGAAUUUUCCAUGCCAGGUUGCCAGGCCAGCCCAGUCCUGCAUCUACGUGAUUUGGUGCGCAUCUGCGAUCGAAGCCUUGACAUGCCUGGGCGCAUUUGCGAUGGAAGGUUGUUAGAGAAGGAUAUGUCAUUCAUGUUUGACGAUGCUUGUUUGAAAGCAUUCGAGGAGCUGAAAAAGAAGUUAGUGAGUGCACUAAUCAUAGUGGCUCCUGAAUGGAACGAGCCAUUUGAGCUGAUGUGUGACUCCAGUGAUGAUUUUGUGAACUAUUUGGCAAGUGGAGAGAUGCCGCCUGAUCUUGAUACUUAUGCUAAAAAGAAGUUCUUGCGAGAUGUGAGGUCAUAUGUGUGGGAUGAGCCAUUCCUGUUCAAAUCGUGUAUUGAUCAGCUAAUGAGAAAAUGUGUGCCCGAAUCUGAAAUAAAUGCUAUCUUACAUGAAUGCCAUGCAUCGCCUUAUGGUGGUCAUCAUGCGGGUGACAAAACAGCAGCUAAGUGGGUGGAGGCCAUAGCUCUUCCUACCAAUGAUGCCCAGGUUGUGGUUAAGUUUGUGGAAAAGCAUAUGUUUACAAGAUUCGGCACUCUGAGAGUGAUGAUAAGUGAUGGGGGCACCCAUUUCUAUAACAAGUUCUUGGACAAUGUCUUAGCGCAAUAUGGGGUCAAAUAUAAAGUUGCAACCGCUUACCACCCUCACACUAGUGGGCAAGUGGAAGUUUCAAAUAGAGAGAUAAAGCAGAUCCUGGAGAAGACGGUUGGUGCAAGUAGGAAACAUUGGGCUACAAAGCUUGAUGAUGCUCUAUGGGUAUACCGGACCGCCUACAAAACUCCCAUCGGAACCUCCCCUUACAAGUUGGUUUAUGGGAAAGCUUGCCAUUUAUUGGUGGAACUUGAGUACAAGGCUUAUUGGAAAAUAAAGAAGCUGAACGCUGAUGCAGCCUUAGCGGGUAGAAAGUAG